CUCACAGCUGCCGUUGCAGACAUGUUUUAUCAGAUUCUGUCUGAAUCAGAGUUACCGUGAAGUCAGCUGGAAAUGAACUCUGAACGUGUCUGUCGAUAUCAGAGCAUUCACAACAAGAGUCGGCGCCUGUCCUCCUCCUCCUCCUCCUCCUCUUCCUCUUCUGCCAUCCGCGUGAGAAGUUUGACCGGAGCUGGCUGAGCUGCUGAGGCUACACCUGUGUUUCACAUUGGCUGUGUUUCCUUCCGACUUAAAGUAAUCAGGUGGAUGUUAGACAGGAAAGUGAGGGUUGCAUGCAUCAGUGCCAAGAAAUUACAUUACGUGGGAGACUUCUACGAAGAAAACAGAGACAUUUUGGAGGAUGGAGGACAGAACUGAGCAAGGACACGCACAGGAGAACGGACGCAGGGAUGGCACAGCCAGAGAACCGUGUUCUUCUUCCCCCUGCCCCAGCCUAAAGAUGUUUCUGAUGGCUCUGUCCUUUGCCUAUUUUGCAAAGGCUCUGUCGGGGAGCUACAUGAAGAGCACAAUUACUCAGCUGGAGAGGCGCUUUGACAUCCCCAGUUACCUAAUAGGUGUCAUUGAUGGGAGCUUCGAGAUAGGUAACCUGUUGGUGAUCGCUUUCGUCAGUUACUUUGGGGCCAAGCUCCAUCGGCCAAAGGUCAUCGCAGUAGGUUGUGUACUGAUGUCCAUCGGCACCUUCAUCAUCGCUUUGCCUCACUUCAUCAUUGGACGCUAUGAAUUUGAAACCUCAGUGCGGUGGGUAGAGAACUCAACACUGAACCCCUCUCCAUGUCCACUGGGUUCAGUCGACCUGACCCGAGACGGUAAACUACCUGAAGUGCCUGCAACUGGUUGCGAAAGCGAGUCCAACCUGUCGAUGUGGAUCUAUGUGCUCCUGGGAAAUGUUCUGCGCGGCAUUGGAGAGACGCCAGUUCAGCCCCUUGGGAUCUCUUACAUAGAUGAUUUUGCGAGCGAGGAAAAUGCGGCCCUGUAUGUGGGUUGUGUACAGACCAUUUCAGUGGUCGGUCCAGUGUUUGGCUACCUGCUGGGCUCCCUUUGUGCCAAAAUCUACGUGGACAUCGGAUUUGUAAAGAUGGAAACUCUCACCAUCACACCAGCAGAUGCCCGCUGGGUUGGGGCCUGGUGGCUGGGCUACCUCAUAGCCGGGGUCAUCACCCUGUUCUCUGCCAUCCCAUUCUGGUUCCUGCCUCGUUCACUGCCCAUACCUGGCCCCCGGGGAGCAGAGGAGUGCACGGCAGAGCAGAAGAGUUUCAUUAAGAACGCCCCCCUGCUCAAGCACAAGUAUCCUGCAGAUGAACAUACUAGUUUUAUAGAAAUGGCCAAAGAUUUCAUUCCAUCCUUGCGAAUUCUGCUGGGACACCCCGUGUACCUGAUCUACCUGUGUGUGACAAUCAUCCAGCUGAACUCUCUCAUCGGCAUGGUCACCUACAAGCCCAAGUACAUCGAGCAGCACUUCAGGCAGUCUGCCUCGAAGGCCAACUUUCUGAUGGGUGUGAUCAAUAUCCCUGCUGUGGCACUGGGCAUGUUUUCUGGAGGUUUGCUCAUGAAGAGGCUGAAGCUGAACAUCAUGGGUGCAGCCAAGUUUGCCUUUGGCACAUCACUGAUUGGCUACAUCCUUUCGCUGUUCUUCUUCGCGAUGAGCUGCGAGAACGCCAAAGUUGCCGGGGUGACACUUUCAUACAAUAGCAGCGAUGGGAUAUCUUAUGACAGACAUACACUGUUCACAGCCUGCAACUCCGAGUGCUUUUGUUCAGCGAGUGACUGGGACCCAGUGUGUGGAGACAAUGACAUCACAUAUGUUACUCCUUGUCUUGCUGGCUGCUCCGGCUCUGCUGGCUCAGGGAAAAACACCGUCUUCUCUAACUGCAGCUGUGUCGGUGCGGCUGGUAAUUUUACAGCCAGUACAGGUCAGUGUCCUCACAAGGACGACUGUGACAGGAUGUUCCCGUACUUCCUGGCUCUCUCUGUCAUCACUUCCUUUAUCAUCUCCCUCGGGGGGACACCAGGCUACAUGUUUCUCAUCAGGUGCAUAAAACCACAGCUGAAAUCUCUGGCCUUGGGUUUCCAUGCACUGGCAACACGUACCCUUGCAGGGAUCCCUGCUCCCAUCUACUUUGGAGCGAUCAUUGACACCACAUGUCUAAAAUGGGGUCAGAAGAGGUGUGGAGGUAUAGGAGCCUGUAGAAUCUACAACACCACAGCAUACAGGAUUGCAUAUCUGGGCCUGACUCUGAGCCUGCGGACUAUCUCUUUCCUCAUUUGCAUCCCGGGCUUCAUUCUGCUCAGUCGGCAGCUCAAGGAGGAAGAAAGGAACGCCAUUCAUGGAGCGGUGGUCAACGGAGGAACGGAGCUGGAAGCGCUCAGGAAGGAAGAGUUUAUGAUUUCCAAUGUGAACCAAUUACAACAAAUGCCAGACAACUGCACAGACAGGGAGACGCGGCUCUGACAGAUCCGGCAGAAGCGAUGACCUUUGACGCCUUCACGCAUACACACACCACAGUAUGUACAGUGAUAGUAUACACAUUUGCACACACAAAUGAGACUUGCAGGGAAUCGCAUGUUGUAUUUGAUUAUCUCAUAUCGAGCAUACAUUUUAUAUUUGUACUACCAGACCUGUGAAAGCUUUGUGAAUUUUGACAGAAAUUUGAUAUAAAGAAACAUUUCUUGAAUGUA